GACUGCCGUCUGAGUAGGUUGUGCGUAACUGUCGCUCCUACCCUAUUUACACACAAUUACUGUUUAUUUACUUUGCUUUGCAAUGUCGCAUGACGGAGACUGGAACAGAGAUGUUACUGAGAGGCUUAUUGAGUUAUAUAGACAGGCACCUUGCCUAUGGAAAGUUAAAAGUUCGGUUUACAAAGACAGGAUCUCAAGACAUCAAGCAUUAGAAAAAAUAAGUGAACAAAUGAAGAAAUCAGAUGCAUCUAUGAACAUCGAAAAAAUUCGUAAAAAAAUUCACACUUUGCGAAAUCAAUUUAGAUCAGAGAUGAAAAGAAAGAAAGAUACCCUGAAAUCUGGAACAGGUGCCGAGGAUUCAUUUACACCGCGGUUGUGGUGUUUCAAUAUUCUUUCAUUUCUCACCGACGGAGAUGAGAAACGACCAUCAGUUUCAUCACUGGAUGAAAUGGAAAUCUCGGCCAGCACUCCUAGUAUUUCAAAUGAGAACGAAACUUCGCUGAUGUUCUCUGAUACAUUUGAAGUUCCAAGUGAUGACUCAACAUUUCAGCAAGUGCAGUUGCCAGGCCUGGAACAUGUCGAAUGUCCUUACAAGGGAGACAAUUCUGACCCAACAGAGCAGUUCGAUUCAUCAGGAAGAGCAGAACAUUCUAUAAUAAGGCCAGCAGUACAACCCCAACGAGUGAUGAGAAGUCCUACACCAACAAGUGACUCAUCCACGUCUCAGCCAAAUGAACCGAAGUCUGUUGAGUUCAGCAGAAGGCCUCCUUUAAAUAAAGCUCAAAAAAGAAAGCGUGCGGAAGAUUCUGAAGCCGAAAUACUGCAAAUGGUUGCAACAUCACUCAAGGAAGAUGAACUUGGGGAGAUGACUUGGGGCAGAGCAAUUGGCAAAGAUGUAGCAAAACUUAAUAGAGAGCAAUCCAUAAUAGCAAAAAAACUGAUUAGAGAUGCAAUUUUCUAUGGUUCCUUAAAUAUGCUCAAACCUCUUACAAGACUUACCGAUCUUGAUUGAACAUAAUCAAAGAGCAAAACAAAAUUAUGAUAUCAAGUAAUUUACUAGUCGGUUUAUACUUAUUUACGUAGUAAAUGAUUGAUAUAGGUAGCAAAAGUUCAUUUGAGCCCCUUCAAAUAUAACUAACUUUGUUGUUUUAAGCGAGUCGCAGUGGCAUAACAAUGCAAUAGCAAGGUCAUUGACGUAUGUUCAAGAAAGGAAUUAUUUGUAUUUGUUCUUGGAAGCAAUCGAGAUUGCACUUUUUGUUUGUGUAGUGAUAUACGUAUAUAUAAAGUAUACGUGUAGUGAUAUACGUAUAU